AUGAGUUUUGGAUGGUCGGCGGGUGAUAUCUUUACGCUUGUAGAUAUCUGCUACAAGCUUGCUAAUAACGCUCGUCAGGGACUGACCAGUGCCUCUCUUCAAGUCAAGAGUUUACAAAAUGACAUAGAGGACUUCAGCAAAGUGCUUGAGCACCUAGGUGAAGUGGUGAAGGAGAGCCGGAAUGAAGCCUUUCUUGAUUUUACCGACAUUGUAAAAACAAUUGAGGAAAGUAGGAUUUAUCUUAAGAAGUACAGGAAUCUCCAACUAUCGAAAACACCUACCCCUGGUGACCCAUCGGCAUCCAACUCCAACGCAGGCCAAGCGCUGCCAAAUCUGCAGCGCCGGCCGUCCUCUUCAAGAAUCAAAGAACUGUUAGACAAGUACAAGGGGACUGGUUUAAAAAUCGCAGAAGCACUGAAAUACACAACAUGGGGUGGUGAACCAGAAAUACACGUGCUCCAAAAGAAACUCUCACGCCACCGACAGACCUUAAUCCUUUACCUUCAAAUCCUUGAACACAGACGACGUUCGAAAGAGGAUUCCAGUGUCGAUACACGCCUGUCCAAUGUCGAGGCAAUGGUCAAGGACAUACAUUCAGACAGACGUCUGUCGUACGUGGCUUCCCCAGAAAUACUUCCGUCGUCUUCACGCUACUAUCCACAGUCCCAGAAUGGAAUGGAUUUUGAGGACUACGAAGCUAUCUUCAAGGCGCUCAACGAGCAGAAGCGCCUGGCGUUGAUGGAAAGCGAGCGGGAAGAUGAUGACGACACGCUACAGGAAUGGAACGAUAUCCUUGGCCAUCUUGAAACCAUCCACCGAAGAGUCUUGAAUGCAGCUGAGCGCACUGCAAGUACAACGGCACAACGACGCACAGCAUCGGCCUCAUACCAGAAGUCUUUGAACCGUAUCCUCACCCAUACUGCAGGAACGCCUCCAUCCCCACGGCUAAUGUAUAGGGUUGAUACGCAUGAUAGUGGUUUCUCUGAACUUCCUCCGCUGCGUGAAGAAAGCUCUGGACUAAAUGAAGAGUUUGUUCAGAGCGGUUCUUUUACCACGCCCGUGGCUUCUUCCUCUUAUCACGUAGUUGACGGACACCGAGUGCCUUUGACCCCACUAUCCUUGCUAAGAACACGCACUCAGUCUGUAAACACUGUUGAACGACCAGUCUUGAGUCCUUCUUUUUCUUCCGAAUCUGUGACAGAAUCCACCGCGCCGUCCUCUUACUCUCCACGCCACACCCGAACCACUAGUAUAUCCUCAUCCAACGUCUCGUUGGCUUCUUCUGUUACGCCCUUGGAAACUAUUCAGUUCAAUGGAUGGGUCAGAUGUUCGAUUGGUUCACGCAAACAUGUUCCCUGUAUUUUGAAUGCGGGUUAUGACACCCAUGGCCAAGUCUAUGCUCUUCAAGUCCAAGAAAAGGAUAGCAACAGUCAAUUGCUAAUAAUGAAGCUGUCGACUCACAGAAAAAGGCCCAUUUCCCACACUGAACCACCCGGAGGACGCGAUAAUGCGGAUGAUGGCAUUCCCGCGUACUUCAUAGAUCAUAUUGAUACCGAACCAAAGAAUGAGAAAGUGCAAUUCUUCUUCCAAGACGAGAAAUCUCUGAACAAGUUCGAAAGCUUGGUUUAUGGGCAGAAACUGCUGCUAGCGAUUGUUGUAGAUAAGAUCUCAUCUUCUGUUGGAGGCCUCAGUGACCGUCAAAGGAUUCGCGUUUGGGGGAAGGGUGACACCAUAUCUCUACUUUUCUACUCGAGCAAAUGUAAGGGCUCUCAAAGGCGGUAUAUUUCCAUUCAAGCCUGCAAUGCGCACGAGUCAAAGCCAAAGAAGAACGUCCUAGAGUACAAAAAGCUUCAAGGCAAAAAUGGACUAGACUUGCAUGAUCUAAAAAUUGUAUUCAAAGAUGAAUCUGACCUCGUGAAAUUCUCGAAGAAAUUCUCAACGACAUAGCGAGACGCAAUAAACCUUAAUUCGAUUAAUUUUGAUAUGACUUUUAAUUAUAUAUUGCGACGACGGACGCAGUUGACAUAUAUGUGAUGAUAUUUAUAGAACCCAUUAUGAACUGGAUGCAUGUUAUGACUAAUGACCAUUUUAAUGCUGGUGACGGCGCUCAGCGAUUAGUAUGAGAAUAUCAAUGGGAA